GGGGAAUGGAAUGUGAGACAGAGUAUCGGUAUGAGGAGGAGGAGGAGGAGGAGAGAAAGAGGAUGACCAGAGAAUCGUCUCACCGUUGAAUUACUCUCACCCGAGAGGCCCCGUCUCUUCUUCGUGGGGGCCUUACAUAUCCCCCUGCUUCUCCUGGGAGUAUAAAGGACCCUGUUCUACCAUCCACGGAGUCACAGAACCAAGCGGCAUCGUAGAAGCCGGCAUGAAUCCCUUGAUCGCGUGUAUGGUUAUUGGUUUGGCAGGGUUCGCCCUGGCUGAACCACCAGUCUCUUCCGGCUACAGUUACAGUAGACCAGGCGGGGGUGGUGGUGGAGGAGGUUAUUCUUUAGGAGGAGGAGGUGGAUACACUCAGGUAUCCACUGGUUAUCAAACUAGCGAGGGUGCAUCUGUUGAUGGGGCUCUUCUCGAACAAAUCCGUCAGAUUCUUCUCAAAGAGGAAUUGCAAGCACAACAGACUGGAGGAUUCGGUGGUGGAGGAUAUGCACCAAGCUCGAGUUAUGGUGCUCCAUCACCGCAAUAUGGAGUACCUAGUUCAAGCUAUGGUGUACCCAGUUACCAAACCCGCGUCGUAGGCAUUGAUCUCGAAGGUAUCAGGCAAGCCAUCCAAGUAGCCCAAUUCAAUCAAGUUACCCAAGGCGCUGGUGGAUAUCCAAGUGGUCCUAGUGUAAGUUAUGGAGCACCCAGCAGGCCAAGCGGUAGCUACGGUGCACCCUUCUAAAGCGGUCGUCGCCAAUAAAAAACAAGGAAGGGAGAGAGAGAGAGAGAGAGAGCAGGAUAACAAAGACGACUAUCUUUCGAGCCAAUAAUUUAAGAACAAACGUAACGUCGUCCAUCAACAUCUUUCAAAUAAUACACCAUUCAAUGAUAAUGACAUUCAAAAGAGGUUCAAGACAAAUUCGAGAAUGGGAAUCAAGGAAUCUCGCAACAUCGUUGAUCAAGGAAGAAUCCUUCCUUCAUUUUGAAACGCUCGGAAGAUUGUCGUACGAUGGGAAAGCGCUCGGUCGUCAUUAAUUAUAUUAAAGAAGUAAUCGUCAUAAGAAGAUCAGGGAUCUUAUCGUCGUCGUCAUAGAACAACUCAAAUAUCUUCGCGAAUAUUACGUAAUAAUAACGCGCGCGCAUUAUUUUUGAUUUAGGUAAAAAUCUAAAUGAAAAUCGUACAUAUAUAUAUACAUAUAUGUAUACGUCGUCAAUACGAAAUAGAACUACGAGAAUACGAUAGAUAAUAGUAGUUAGAAGCAAAUCGACAAAAUCAAAAGAUUAUCUACGAUUUUAUCUCGUCGAAGAUCGUAGAUGUCGCAGCUUUAAAAUGAGUCAAUAACAAGAAUUUAAAGAAAAAUGAAAGAACUAUAAUUAAUUUAGGAAAAGAAAGAAAAAAAAAAUCAACAACAACAACAACACUUAACUAACUUAACGAGAGACUCAACACCAGAUGAGGUGUUACGAUUCGCCACACCAAAACACCAUACAUUUGUUGUCGUAUUUAAACGAAAAAAAAAAAAAAAAAAAA